AUGAAUGAUGCAAACAGAACGUGUACACUGUCCCUAGAUGAAAUAUCCAUAAAAACUCAUCUGCAUUAUGAUUCAGAAAAAGAUGAAGUCAUUGGCCUUGAUGAUGAUGGAGACACUAAAAGCGAUCUCAUGGCAACCCCUGCACUGGUUUGUGGUAUUCAUGGUUUGUGGUAUUUAUGGCAUGUGGUAUUCAAGAAAAUUGGAAGCAGUCCCUUGCAUACUACCUGGUUAACGGCAGCUGUGACAGUGAGAAGGUCAAGAAAAAGCUCAAUGCUAUUGGUUUAA